UUGUGAACGCAAUUACUUAUUGUAACCAAUAAAAUUAAAGGAAAAUAAAAUGUAUUUGUAUAUCUUCUAUAUCUUAUAUAGAUUAUGAUAUAAAUAAUACACUUGUGCUAAAUGCCGCGCUUACUUACGUUUAAUUGAAAAGAAAACAAAAAGUGUGGAUAUUAAUUUUAUAAUUAUUGUAUAUAAUUAUAAUUAUAAUUAUUCGCAAUGUAAUGUUUAUAUAAAGUAUAAUAUUAUUCAUGUGAUUUAUUAAAGUAAUUUAUACUUUUUUCUGUAUAUAAAGGUUAAAUAUAAAAAAAAUAAAAUAUUUUAUAUUGAUUAUAAUAAAUUGAAAAUUUUUUAAAUACUACUUGAUGCUACAUGUAAUUCCUUAUUAAAUAUAAAAAAUAAUGUCAAAUACAAUAAGUGGAAAAAAUUUGUUAAGACCUACUGGAUUGCAAUGUAAAAAUCUUCAAGAAUAUUUAAAAUCACGUCCAUCAGAAGUGUUAAACAAAUUAUAUCAUAAUCCUCCAAUUUGUUUGGCUGUUUUUCGUGAAUUGCCAGUAAUAGCAAAACAUUAUGUUAUGAGAUUAUUAUUUGUUGAACAACCUGUUCCUCAAGCAGUCAUUGCUUCUUGGUGUUCCAAACUUCAUUUUGAAGAACAUCAAAAAGUAGUUCUAAUACUUAAUGAACUAAAUGUGUGGAAUGAAGCAUCAAUACCAGGUGGACUUCCUGGAUGGAUUCUAAAUAUAACAUUCAAGAAAAACUUAAAAAUUGUUCUUUUGGGCGGUGGAAAACCAUGGACAAUGUCAAAUCAAUUAGAAACUGAUAGCAAACCUAGAGAUGUUGCAUUUUUAGAUUCAUAUGCAUUAGAAAGGUGGGAAUGUGUAUUACAUUAUAUGGUUGGUUCACAGCAACAAGAAGGUAUAUCUGCUGAUGCUGUUAGAAUUCUUUUACAUGCUGGAUUAAUGAAGCGAGAUGAAGCUGAUGGAAGCCCAGUUAUUACACAAGCAGGUUUUCAAUUUUUAUUAUUGGAAACUGCAUCACAGGUGUGGUAUUUUAUUUUACAAUAUUUAGAUACAAUAGAAGCAAGAGGACUUGAUUUGGUUGAAUGUCUUACUUUUUUAUUUCAAUUAAAUUUUUCAACACUUGGUAAAGAUUAUAGUACUGAAGGAAUGUCUGAAGGUUUAUUAACAUUUUUGCAACAUUUAAGAGAGUUUGGUCUCGUUUAUCAACGGAAACGAAAAGCAGGAAGAUUUUAUCCUACAAGAUUAGCAUUAAAUAUUGCAACUGGACAAAACAAACCAUUAUCUAGAGAUCCAGAAAAAGAAGGUUAUAUUGUUGUUGAAACAAAUUACAGAGUAUAUGCUUAUACAAAUUCAAAUUUACAAGUUGCUUUACUUGGUUUAUUUUGUGAAAUGUUAUAUAGAUUUCCAAAUUUAGUUGUAUCAAUAUUAACAAGAGAUUCUGUACGUCAAGCCUUAAAAAGUGGAAUUACUGCUACACAAAUUGUUGGUUAUUUGCAGCAACAUGCUCACAGUAAAAUGAUAGAGGCAGGUCCUCCAAUUUUACCUCCUACUAUAGUAGAUCAAAUUAAAUUGUGGGAAAAUGAAAGGAAUAGAUUUAUAUUUAGUGAAGGAGUUUUAUACAGUCAAUUUCUUUCUCAAACUGAUUUUGAAGUACUUAGAGAUCAUGCUCUUUCUACUGGAGUAUUAAUUUGGCAAAGUGAAAGAAAACGGACAAUGGUAGUUACAAAAGCAGGACAUGAUGAUGUAAAAAAAUUUUGGAAACGAUAUUCUAAAGGUUCCAGUUAAUAUAGUAAGAAUAACUUUAGAAAGCAAUUAUAUUUGUUCACAAACAAAUUUAUAGUAAAAUUUCAUCUUGAAUUAUAAUGUAUUUUUCUAAUUUUAAUACUUGUAAGAUAAAUGACUUAUUAAAUAUUAUACAUCAAAAAAUAAUACAUAAAAUAUAAAUUUGAAUGUCAUAAAUUAAAAACAAAUUGUAAGUAUAAUUAAUAAUUUAGAUAAAUUAAGAUAAUUUAUAUUAAUUAAGAUAAAUAAUAGAUAUAGAUAAUUUUUAUUAAUCUGUAUAAAUUUCUUUAUCAAAAUUUCAGAUUGAAUUAAUGAUUAUUAACCAUUAUUAAUUAUUAAUAAUAUCUCAAAAGUAAAUUAAGUAAACAAAUAUAUAUUGUGAUACUUUAGAAAGAAAACUUUUAUUUUUAUUACAUAACUACAGAUUGUCAAUAAUAUUUGUAAUUUUAGAAUUUAUUUUUCAUUUAAUAAAAUUAAUUUUUUAAAUUAUACAAAA